AUGCUCGAUACCGGGUUCAUAUACUACGGCACUGAUAAUUAUAAGGGAAUGGAUUUGACAACACGACAGCGUCCGAUGUCUUGUGAUAAUAAAACAGGAGGACGAUUGGCUAAAUCCAUUUUUUCUAUAAGAAGUUUAAUGGAUGUUAGUGAAGAACCACCGGAAAAUGGAGGAGGAGAUUUCAAAACUCAACGAUUCGACGGGUCUUCAUAUAAAGAAAACGUCAGAAUUUACGUGCCUAAAAAAUACUUUAACUUGGCCAUAAUCGGCACGCGCACCAUAGGUAUAUUUAUCCAACCGAAAUAUUAA